GAAUGACUCUAACUUCCCUGUGAAGCUUGCUAACUUAGUACAAGCCGCUGCUCGGUGGAGUUUGUGAUUUGACAGCCACUGCCACCGCCACCGCAAAGUUAGUCCUAAUGGAUUAUACUGCAACUCAAAGUGGGUUCAGACAGCGUAAGUUACAACCUAAUAUGCGUCUGAGGAAUAGCUCCAUGGACGGUUCAGAUGGCAGCCAGCUGUUUGAGGAUACGAGUGGAGCUGGGUCUGGAUCACAAUCAUUCUACAGGAACCAGCAACCCGGGCCUCAGGCAGCAGGAUUUCCUGGCCAGUCCCUCCUGUCAGACCCCAUGUCUAACUUAGCCAUGGCAUAUGGCAGCUCUUUGGCAUCCCAGGGUAGGGAGAUGGUGGAUAAGAAUCUGGACAGGUUCAUCCCAAUUUCUAAGCUGAAAUACUACUUUGCUGUGGACACAGUGUACGUGGGGAAGAAGCUGGGUCUCCUGGUUUUCCCUUACAUGCACGAAAACUGGGAGGUGAGCUACCAGCAGGACACUCCAGUGGCUCCACGCUUUGAUGUGAACGCUCCCGAUCUUUACAUUCCUGCCAUGGGCUUCAUCACGUAUGUCCUGGUGGCUGGACUGGCCCUCGGCACACAGAACAGGUUUUCCCCAGAGCUGCUAGGAGUUCAGGCCAGCUCAGCGUUGGUGUGGUUGGUCAUGGAAGUCCUGGCAGUCCUGCUGUCGCUCUACCUUGUGACCGUAAACACAGACCUCACGACCAUAGACCUGCUGGCCUUUUCUGGCUACAAAUAUGUUGGGAUGAUUGUAGGUGUAGUGGCAGGCCUGUUAUUUGGGAAACCAGCGUAUUAUCUCUCUCUACUGUGGUGCUGUGCCGCCAUCUUUGUCUUUAUGAUCCGCACUCUGCGUCUGAAGCUCUUAUCUGAGGCGGCAGCAGAUGGGAAGCUAGUGAGAGGAGCCAGAAAUCAGCUAAGGAUGUACCUCACCAUGUCUAUAGCAGCGGCACAACCCAUCUUCAUGUACUGGCUCACCUACCACCUCAUCAGAUAAAACCUGGAACACACAUUUAUUUAUGUAGAAGAUGAACUUGGCUGUCCGAAUGCCAUCUCACCUGUAACAAAAAAGAAAAAAAACAAAACAAAACAGUCAACACACACAUCAGAGAGCCUGGACAUGGACGAAACACACAACAGUUGUCUGGAUAUCACAUCACUUCCCAGACUUAGAGACAGAACUACACAUUCACAAGACUGUUUACGCAUGGAGAAAAACAACACAUGCUACAAGACGAUUUAGAGAAGAUGUGCGGCUUUAUUGCCUUUUCUCUCACAGCACCGCCCUAUGUCAUUAGUAUGGCCUUUUUUUGUCUUUUUUUUGGUGUAAUGUCUUCAAAAAUUUGUAGCAAGAGCAAGUGGCUUUAAGUUGUUUUUCUAUACUGUGCAAUUAUUUGUUAAUUGUGUUUUUUAGAAAUAUUUAAGUGCAUAUGUUUGUUUAUAGCAAAAGUAUUAUUGCUGAUGUUACUCUGGUCUGAUAUCUCAGUGAUGUUUCUGAGCCGACAGAGAGGAAAAAGCACACUAACCUCUCACAAACCGUCCAUUAAAUGUCAACAAAGAGCUCAAAUCCAGGUUUAAAAGUGAUGAAGUGUCUCUGCUUUGAUGUGUGGAUUGGACUGAGAAAGGUCUCAGACAGUUCUGUCAAUGUUGGUAAACAAGGAUUAUCUCUUUGGUUUAUGAAUGUGGGUGUAAUGUCACUCCAUUUUCAGUUUUCAUGUUUUUUUUUGUAUGUGCUUUGAUACAUGUAUUAGCUUUGCUGCCGGAAAACUUUUGAAUAGAAAUAUCAAAAGUCACAGCAACAUUAAGGCGUAGAUUUUCUUUUAAAAACCAGGUAAAUUAUUUACUGCUUUUCAUAUUGAAAGUCAGAUGGAAUAAAGAAAGGGAAGAGGUGUGAUGGUCUGUUCUGUGAAAACUGUUCUCAUCUUCUUGAGAUACUUGAAAUGCUUAAACGUCGGAGAUGAGCAUUGUGCUUUAAUGUGCUUGUGAAUCAUCUAGUGUCACUAUGAAACAUCCUGUCUAUGCUUUUAUUUAUGUAGCCAGUGUUAACUGAAAUCAGGGUUGGAUUCACAUUCACUUAAUUUAAUUUAGGAAUCUUCAAAAUUCAGGAUUUUUUUUCAAUUCAAUUUUCCUUAAGUGAAACAACAUUGUUGGAUGCUAAAAUGCUUAUCUCAGUUAACUGAGGUGCCAAAAAAAAUGUCAAAAUGAUUUUGCAAGUGCUCAUUUGAAUAAGAAUUGUGAAGUUGCAGCAUCUCUAAUGACUAUCUAUGUACAUGCAGCCGAUUAUUUAUAUACAUUUUCUUUUUCAUAAUUAAAAAUGACUGGAUCCUAGCCCGGAAUGUCAAAGUAGGCAGAAAGCAAAGAGCCUAUCAAAUCAAGCCACUGAAAUGAUAUGAUGACUGAUAAAUAAAGUCUGACUUGUGG